UGUCAUGUGACAAAAAAAUGUCAACAUCACCGUGCACUGUGCAACGAAACCAACGAAUUUACCCCGGAAAAUUUGGGUUUUUUUCAUGUACAAAAAUGAACACGUUUUAAUACUGCUCUGUGGAAGUAAAACUGUAUGCUAGGUAUCCAUUUUGGGGCUGUCACUGCACAGGAUGGCUGCACCUCACAGUGGCCAGUCCUCCCUUGUACACAGCUUGGCCACACUGCUCCGAAAUGAUGGCGACUUGGUGCUGGGCGGCACCAGCACUCUGACCUUGCCUGCGGCCAGCUUGCAGCAGCUCACCAGACUGUUUGAACAGCACUUGCUGUCCAGGAGCCAGCAGCAUGGCUUCCUUGCGCUGCCCUCCCACCCUGCUGACACUGAUUCUCUGCUACAGCUGCAGUUCCUGUUUGACAUCCUGCAGAAGACCAUCUCCCUUAAGCUCAUCAACCCACCAGGGGCAAGACUUCAGUCUGUGGUGAAAAUCUUCCCGUUCAAGUCUUUAAAGUGUUUGGAGCUGAAGCGAGUGCCUCCACACUGUCUCGAGGGACUCCGCGGAGUUUACUCCCAGUUGGAGGUCUUUACAUGCUCAAAGAGCCUCAGCUCCCUGGAGGAGCUGCUUUCCCUGUGUGGAGGUGACCUGAGCUCUGCACUGCCUUGGCUUGAACUGCACACCCUCAACUUUAGCUACAACUCCAUUGUUUGCCUUGACCAGUCACUAAGUUUACUGAACAUCCUGAAGUCUUUAGAUUUAAGCCAUAACAAGAUUCAGGAGUGUGCUGAGUUUCUCAAGCCCUUGAGUGAACUGGCACACUUGAACCUGGGCUACAAUUGCCUGCAGAGGGCGCCAACGCUGGGCCUGAGUGCCAGAGCCAAACUCCUCACACUCAUCCUCAGGAACAACGAGCUGGAGACCAUUAACGGUGUGGAGCAGUUGUCCUCACUCCAGCACUUAGACCUGGCCUACAACCUCCUGUUGGAGCACUCCCAGCUGGCUCCUCUCUCCCUGCUGCACUGCCUCAACACACUUAGCCUGGAGGGCAACCCGCUGUACUUCCAGAAGACCCACCGCACCUGCACCGUCCGACAUCUCUCCCCAAAGGCUGCAAACCUCAGACUUAAACUUGAUGGUUCCCCACUGUCCUCAUAUGAAUUAUCAGUUCUGCCAAAACCAGGCCAGCUGAUCGCCCAGGUACAGACUGCACCUCCUGUUGCCAUGCCACCAGAACGGGGUAACCAGGAAGGGUCCAGUGGUGCAGGGGAGCUCAGUGACAGCAUGUCAGUUGAAGUGGGAGUCUCACGCAUUCGGAGGAGGAAGAGUAAGGUGAAAGUGCGGAGGGCCAGCAUAUCCGAGCCCAGUGAUACAGAUUACGAGCCCAGGCAACUUUCCUCCUCACAGAGCCUUGUCCUUCCGCACCAGCAGGAGAUUGAGCGCAUGUCCAGCUUUAGAGAUCAGCUGGGUGAGGACUGGCUGAGGUACCAGCACCAUCUCGAUGAAGCUCCCUCCUCUACUAUCACCACCACUGUCAACACUGACCAACCAGCUUCUCACCCUCAACCCCUCCCCAACGGCCUGAACACCACCACACAUCCGUCCAUUAGCUCUGGGCGUCAGUCAUCUCCACCGUCCCUGGAAGUCCCAGAGGUCUUCCCUGAACCGCUGCUCUCAUCUGAGCCCAGACUGGAGACGUCUGUGGAUGCAGAGUUGGAAACAGAGUCUACCCUGCAGUGGCCCGGUCAUAGCUCCACCUUGGAGGAGAACACAGUGGAUGGAGUAGUGGCGAGCCAGGGAGCGGUGAGCUUACCUGGACCGAGUCCGGAGUCACAAAGGUCGCUGAGAGGGCAGAGCAGAGACACUAAGGAGGAGGAAAUGGAGGACGAUCUGGGAGUGGACCUGUGUCACCCCCUACUUGUGGGAGUUUUAUCUGACCAAGAGGAAGAAGACGGUGAGGGCCAGGAGGAGAGGAGGAAGAGGAGGAGGGAGGUGUUCCUGUGCAUCAAACAGGACCUGUUGCUAGAGGUGGACACCCAGCGCGGUCGGGAAAGAUGCCGCCUGGAGCUCAGCAGCCUGGCUCGGGUGGAGGCCACAGAGGCUGCCUGGACCCGAGGGGAGACAGAAGAGAUGCUUCCAGCUGUGGAGCUUCAGUUCGCCUACAUCAGCAGGGAGAAACAGAGGAGACGCUACGUCCUGCUUGAUGAUGACCCACACCAGGCACUGCAGGCUCUGACUGACGUGCUGACUCCUGUGGCAGAGGAAAACCAGCAGCGUGACUUUGAGCUCCGCCCCAGCUGCGUUCGCCUGCAGUGCCUUCGCUGCAGGUCAGAGUUCACGCUUAAGGGAGAGGGCAGUGAAGAGGAGGCAGGAGGGAGAGGGAGGAGGAGAGGGGCUGCACUGCUACCAGAAGGUGUGGAGGAACAGAAUGAGGAGGAGCUGACGGAGGUCAAUGAUGACAGCAAAGGUAAUAUUUGUCCUGAAUGUGGUAGUGAUCAUGUGGUCCAGCUGGCUGGCCAAUCCACUCCCUACUGCAGUACGCCCAUCAAGCGCUCAUCAGGGCCGGAGAGUGAGGACGAUCAUCUUGAUAUAAACCAGAGCACUCCAAGUGCCAAUAAGGAUGAUUACACAGAUGGCAGUAUCAGCAGUAGUCCCAUCAUCGAAACUGCUGCUUCUACACAAGAUCCCACCUUCAUCACUGCCCAGGGAAGCUCCUUCUUCAUCGGGGAUGGUCAGGGUGAUGAUUCGUCCAACCUGUCCUACAACAUAGAGUGCCAAAGUAAAGAAGAUCUGGCUGGGAGCUACCGAUACACCCCGACUGGUGCUACGCCACCUGAAGUCACAGCCCAGCCUGCAGGAAGAUCCAUUCCGAAUGAUGAUUUGGACCUGCUGUCUGAGGACUACCAGGCGGUGGACCAUCGGCUACAGCUUUUCCUGGAUGUGGAAGUGUUUGAGGAGGAAGAGGAGCUUCACUCUUUCCUCAAGAUGUCAGCUGUCAAAUUUGGGGAGCCAGGCGAAGUUCCAUCGUUGUUGGUGGUGUCAAACAAGCAAAUCUAUAUCUUGGAAUUGACAUCAGAAACCCACAGAGGCCAGCUCUCCGAUUGGCUGCAGAAGAAGGACAGCCACCCAAUCAUGGAGCUCAGCUACCUGGAGGUGGGACUGGGCUCUCAGAGCAUCCACAUGGAGUUUGGUGACGGGGGAGUGGCCUACACUCUCCUCGUGAGGGACAGUUUACGCUGCAAACGCUUCUUUGGCCUCUUGACAGGAAUAGUGCGAGAGAUGGCCCACAAAUCAGACAGCAAGCUGAACUCCAUCUCCACCACAAGACUCACUGCUCAGCACCAUCUCUGGCCUCUGGUGUGUGACGACAUCCAGGCAGAUGUGGAGGACGGCCAGCUGCAGUUUUUCUACAUUCUGGCUUUUGUUCUGCAAGAGGACCUUUGGACUCCACUAACAGUCCUGGCAACCCGGGAAACCCUGUACCUGCUCAGAGAGGACCACCAGUGGAGGAAAACCUCAAUCGACCUGACAGUGAAUGAAAGCAAAGAACCGAGCAGUGGGAGCGUUACCAUUUUAGAAACGCUGCCAAUCAGCUGUGUGAGCUCAGUCCACCUUUGGCCUUCAGAUCAGUGCAGGAUGGAUAUUAAGCUUUACGAUGAGACGGUGAAACAGGAGAAGACGUGGUGUGUGCGCUCGGAGAGCACCGAGCUCCUACAGGGUCUGCUGGCCUGGGUCAGAGCACAGUGGGAGACCAUGUUCGGAGUGAAACUGCACACAACCCUGCAAGACAAAGCAGCAUGAUGGGGGAGGGCAUGAAAAAAGUUACAGACUGUGUGUGUGUUUUGUGAGCAUGAAUCUGUGUGUUGGUAUGGGGGAUUGUUUAGUGAGCGUGAGCAAGUUUUUCUUUAUUUUCUCUCUGCACAGUCUGCACUCAGUCUGGUCUUAUUACGCUCGUUGCUUUCAUCGUCUUUUCAGCCAAGAACUUGGAAAUGAUUGCACUCAUUCAUGUGGCACACGAGCCUGUAAAAGCGCUGGUUGCAUAAUUCUUUAUCCUCCAGAUACCAUCCUGCUUUGUCUACAGCUGAAAUGGAGUGUGCCUUGUUUUGUGUUUUUAACGGUUGCCAUGUUUUCAUGUUGAAAUGCACCUUAAUGCAUCUCGUUUUGUUCCUCAGUCACUGUAGCAUCGGGCUGAGACGGAGCAGAUUUGAGGUUUGGGAACUAAGAGGGCAUUAGUUUAGCGGUUUGCAAGAAGCUGAGCCUAAAGUAUGUCACACACACCCCACACCCCCCCCCCCCCCCCCCCCCAUUAAGCUGGACAGAGCCCUUUCUUGCCGUCUUAGGGUGCAGUGUGUUGUAACAUCACACGCUCAACACGAGGUUGGGGGUGCUUCUAAAAGGUCAUGGUUCAAGAUGGUGUCAUUGAGGGUAAAUGGAUACCAGAAGUGCAAAUGUGCAGAAAUUUGGUGAACUUCUCAGAGAUGAACAAUAGCAGAUCUUUCCUUUAAAACUAGGGAACAUAAUUUUUUUUAUUAAUUUGCAACCUUGGUGUAUUUUUGUUUACUUUCAGUUGUUUGUUGGGAGAAAACUUCUGCUAAGCUCUGUCAUCAUUCAGUAAGUGCAGUGGAUUUAUAUUACUGAGUAAAUCAACUAAAUCCUUAUGUUGAAGGGACAGUUCACCCCAAAAUCAGAAAUACGUAUUACCUGUAGUGCUGCUUAUCAAUCUAGAUUGUUUGCUGUGAGUUUCCGAGCAUUGGAGAUAUCAGCCGUAAAGAUGUCUGUCUUCUCUCCAGUAUAAUGGAACUAGAUAGCACUCAGCUUGUGGUACUAAAAACACCAAAAAAUACAUUUAAAAAAACUCAACAGCGACGUCUCUUUCCAGAAAUCAUGACCCAGUUACUCAAGGUAAUCCACAGACCUUGUUGUGAGCAGUUUCAUGUAGGAACUAUUUUCUUUUUACUAAAUUACACCCACCAAGUGUAUCACUGUGCAGAAGGAAGCGUGCAUCUACUGCUAGCUAACUUAGCACCACCAUGCUAGCAAACAUCACAGCUCAGCCGAGGAGGACACCAUUAAUGUUUAUAUCUCACAUUGUGACAAGCACAAGCCUCUCGUCCAUGAGUAGGUGCACAUUUCCUUCUGCAAGGUGAAACAGGUGGCAGGAGUAGUUUGCUAGAAAUAGUUCCUUCAUGAAACUGCUCACAACAAGGUCUGUGGAUUAUCUUGAGUAACUGGGUCAUGAUUUCUAUAAAGAGACAUUUGGAGGCCGCAAGUCACUGCCCAAGCGCCGGAUUUCGAUGACUUCGGAGUGAGACUGGAUUGGAGGGCCUGGAGUUGGAGAGGUCAAGCAAACUCAGAACUUUCACCUGGGAGCCCAUUUCCCAUGUGACACCUAAAGUCAGUCAAGUUAUUUUCAUAACAACAUAGUGUGCUAGUAUGUGUAGUAUACUACGCUAGUUACGUAUGUCACGUGACGUUACAUUACAUUGGUAACACGUAGUUACAAACCAUGAUGCUUUUUUCGAAGUUUAUCUAGACUGAUAAACAGCACACCAGGUGAGAAAAAAAUGAUCUAUUUUUGAUUUAGGGAACUGUCCCUUUAAUUCAGCUCAUCUAUCACUUUAAAUGCUGUGUGCAUUACGUAUGUAGCUGCUGCAAUGUGAUUGUGUACACAUUGUCAUCAUGCACAGAUGCAGUAAAGAUCAAAUGGAGCUCAGCACUGUUAAUUUAGUGUAACCACUCUAACGUAACUUAUUUCUUUGUUGCCAUUUUUUCAUGAUGGAUUAAUGCAACAAAAGUCUUUUAUUUUUAUAUAAAUAUGGAAAAAAGAUCUCAUGUAUGAUGUGAAUAAUUGAAUAUAAAAGUAAUGUGUUCUUUUGUG